AUUUGGCAGUGGCUGAAGACAAUCGAAUCAGUUUCUUUUCACUUCUCCACACAACACAAAGACAUCACCAAACCUCAAUCUUCCUUCUCUUUUUUCUCUUCCCCAACCCCAACACCUUGUGGUUCUCCUUAUCCGAUCUGAUUCUCCUCCCAAAGCCCAGAUACCCUUUCUCCUCCCUCUUCCCCUGAUCCAAUUCCCAGGGCCGCAGAGUAAUCGAAGACCCAUUAUGCAUUGAACCCAGAAACAGCCGAAGAAGAAGCAGGUAACACAACCCAGAAGCCGGAAUUUUGUUGUGCUUGUGUUCUGCUUCGGAUCCGAUCGGUAGAUUGUAUUUCCGGGCACUCCCUGAAUUGAAAUGGGAAUGUCCGCAAAGAAAGCAUGAGCAAAAACCCCGGUGGCGAUAACAACAACGACGAAGACGAAGACGAGUGCUUCUACGAGUCCCUUGAUCGCAUUGCCUCUUCCAAUUCCUGUUCCUGUUCCAACUCCGCAUCGGCUUCCGACUCCGAUUCCGACCCUGUUCCUCGCUCGGAUUCCCCCUCCAGCUAUGCCAACCCAUUUCCCGUCCCUAAAUUUCCUAUGGCGGUAUCCAAGUUUGACAUAUGGAUCUCUGAACCAGCGUCGGUGUCUGAACGCCGGACUCGUCUCCUUCGCGAGAUGGGGCUCAGCCAUGACCCGGGUCUGUCCCGCUCGAGACCUGAGUCCGAUAGUGGUGGAAGUGGGAAGGGCAAUGGGGACUUUGCCCGAUCAUUGUCCUCCGAUCGGUUGAAUAGGCAAGAGAACGAGCAAGAUCAGGGGGAGGACACUGGCAUAAUCCGAUCGAAAUCGGACGGUGCAAGAGUGCGCAACGGUGGUGGUGGUGGUCACGGUGAUUGCAAUAUGUCUACUGUUUCUUCUUCAUUUUCUGUUUGUUCGUCUUCCAUUCCUUCUGCUGGUUGCUCUGUCUCUAGAGAUGCUGAAACUGAUGGUUGUUCUUCUUCUUCUCAUUUUGUAAAUAAUAAUAACCAUGACUUUGAUUUAAAAAAUCGGGAUCCUGAUGUUAUGGACGGGGUUAAGUUGAAAAGCAGCAAAAGUAAAGGAUCUACUGAUAGUGGUCGUGUUGCUAGUGAUGUUUUGCCUAAUAAGCCACCCAUGGGAAACAAUUGUAUGAGCCCUUCUACAAGUCUGAAUGCUGGGUUUGGCUGCAAUUCGUCGUCUAAUCUGCGGGAUGCCAGCAGCGGUGCAGAUGUGGAGGAGGAGUUGGACUUAAGUGAACAAGUGUGUACAAUUAAGAAUCUUGAUAAUGGCAAAGAGUUUGUGGUGAAUGAGAUUAGAGAAGAUGGGAUGUGGAACAAGUUAAAGGAAGUGGGGACUGGGAGGCAGUUGACAAUGGAGGAGUUUGAGAUGUGUGUGGGGCAUUCUCCCAUUGUGCAAGAAUUGAUGAGGCGGCAGAAUGUUGAGGAGGGCCAUAAAAAUAAUGUUGAUUCAAAUGCAAAUGGCAAUGUUAGCGGUAUAUCAAAAUUGAAGAAGAAAGGGGGCUGGUUGAAGAGCAUUAGGAGUGUUGCAAACAGUGUAAAAGGCCACAAGGAAAGACGGAGUAGUGAUGAGAGGGAUACUUCAUCCGAGAAGGGUGGGAGGAGGUCAAGCUCUGCCACAGAUGAUAGCCAAGAUGUUUCUUUUCAUGGACCAGAGAGAGUGAGGGUGAGGCAGUAUGGAAAGUCAUCUAAAGAGCUCACAGCUUUGUACAAGUGCCAAGAGAUACAGGCACAUAAUGGGUUUAUUUGGUGUAUCAAGUUUAGUUUGGAUGGAAGGUAUCUUGCAAGUGCAGGUGAGGAUUGUGUUAUUCAUGUUUGGCAGGUAGUGGAGACAGAGAGGAAAGGAGAGUUGUUGAUGGAAAAGCCAGAUGAUGGGAAUCUGAAUUUGUUGCUUUUGGCUAAUGGUUCUCCGGAACGAUCACUGUUGUCACCAGGUGGGGAUAGCCAUCUGGAGAAGAAGAGAAGAGGGAGACCAUCUAUAAGCCGAAAGUCAGUGAGUUUGGAGCAUGUUGUGGUGCCAGAGACAGUUUUUGCACUUUUGGAAAAACCCAUUUGUUCAUUCCAAGGGCAUCUGAAUGCUGUGCUUGACCUUUCAUGGUCCAAGUCUCAGCAUUUGCUCUCAUCAUCCAUGGACAAGACAGUGCGGCUAUGGCACUUGUCCAGCAAGACAUGUUUAAAAGUAUUUUCACACAGUGACUAUGUCACUUGCAUCCAGUUUAAUCCAGUUGAUGAUAGAUACUUUAUUAGUGGAUCUCUAGAUGCUAAAGUUCGCAUAUGGAGCAUUCCUGAUCGUCAGGUUGUUGAUUGGAAUGAUCUUCAUGAAAUGGUCACUGCUGCUUGCUAUACACCAGAUGGUCAGGGUGCCCUAGUUGGUUCUUACAAGGGGAGCUGCCAUUUAUACAACACAUCUGAGAAUAAGUUGCAACAAAAAUUUCAAAUCAAUCUACAGAAUAAGAAGAAGAAAGCUCAUCUAAAGAAAAUCACUGGUUUCCAGUUUGUGCCAGGAAGUUCAUCGGAAGUGCUUAUCACAUCUGUAGAUUCCCGAAUUCGUGUUGUUGAUGGGGUUGAUCUUGUUCACAAGUUUAAGGGGUUCGGGAACACAAACAGCCAAAUAUCAGGUUCCCUCACAGCAAAUGGAAAAUAUGUUGUCUCUGCUAGUGAGGACUCACAUGUUUAUAUUUGGAAGCAUGAAGCAGAAUACCGAGCUAGCAGAAGUAAGGGAGUAACCACAACACACUCCUACGAGCAUUUCCAUUGUAAAGAUGUAUCUGUGGCCAUCCCCUGGCCUGGAAUGGGUGAUGGAUGGGGAAUACAUGAUACAAAUUCAAACAAUCUAGAUGAAGUUUCCACUGCCAAUCAUCCUCCUACACCUGUUGAGGAGUUUAGUGGUAAUGAUUCAUUAACGGCAUCUGGGUGCAGCAGCAGUCCACUUCAUGGAACCAUUGCCAGUGCAACCAACGGUUACUUCUUUGACAGAAUAACAGCAACAUGGCCAGAGGAGAAACUUCUUGCAGCUACGAGGAGCAGGAGUCCUAGAACCAGUGUCGAUUUCUCUGGGGAAUUAAACCCGAACAUGUCAGCCUUGGGUAUGGUGAUUGUGACUGCCAGCUUAAGAGGAGAAAUUAGAACUUUCCAAAACUUUGGAUUGCCAGUUCGGAUAUAAGGCGCCAAAGUCAAAUCGAGCCUCAACUACAGGGUGAAAUGAGUCAUAACACAAGUCAGUACAGCACAGCCACAGCCCAUUUCCCCCUUAGUCACAUCAUGUACAGAGAGAUAUCGGGUGAGGCUUGUAAUAUUAGCGAUUUUACUUUCUUCUUUCUUUUAUGUUUGUGCUCAUCAGAUGUGAAGCAGAAAAAGGAAAGCCAUUCUGAUUGAGCCGAGAAAAACAUAGAUUUGUUCAGGGAAAAAAAAAAAAGAGGGAAAAACUACACUGUGAAGUUAGAAACCGAUAUAUUUCAGGUAUCGGAAAUUGUAGAGUUAUGAGCAGCGGGAAAACUUAUUGAAUUGGAAAUGAAAAUUCUUUUACAAU